AUUCCAGAAGAAAAAACAUCUUUAUCUUUUCCUCAUCAUAAAAACAACAUCUUUAGAGGUAGUGUCUCUGUAUUAGCAGGCCCAAAAAGCACCCUUUGCUUUUUUUUCACUCCUCAAAACAAAUGAAAUUAGUAAAAGACAACAUUUUGUUCGGUAUCCUAGACUGAUAACCGAUGAUCGUUUUGAUCACUACUAUGUCCUAUCCCAUCUUAUUUCUUACUUUACUUUACCUCUUUUUAUAUUCCAAAUGUUCAUUUUUGUGUCACACUGUCACCCACAUCUUAUAAACCUUAGUCUUAUUUAUUUAUUCAUCCUUUUCUAUAUCUUCCCCAACACCAACGUUAACACCUUCCAAAUUAAACCAACACUAUUCCUUUGUUAGAUGGCGACAAAUAGUGUCCAAGAAAAAUGGAACAACCCAAGAGAAGAACUAGAUGAAGAUGAAGAAGCAUUGUCACUAUGUGAUCUCCCAUUAUCUCAUAAAAAACCAACCAAAGAAGAACAUUCUCAUGUCAAUGAAAAACAAGAAGAAUUCAAUUUUAAUUCAUGGGUUGGUCUCUUAUCAACAGAACCAAAAAUGUGUGUAGCAGAUGAAGUUUUCUUCCAAGGCCAAAUUCUUCCAUCACGUGCCUCAUUCAGCUCCCAAGCUGGUUUAUUAACCACAACUGGAUCACAAUUCCAACGUGAUGAUGAUCAUGAUCAUGGUAAGCAAUUCAAUUUCAAAUUCAAUCAUUGCAAAUCAAAGCAUGAAUCUUUCAACGAGUUUCGUAGCAAUAGUAGUACAAGUCAAAACUCAACCACAUCAAGUAGUACUAGUUCUACAACAACACCAAUAGUUUCGGUUUCGAAAUCCAAAGUUAGAAACCAAUUUCACACACAUCCAAGUCCAAAACCUCAGUUAAAAUCGUCUUGUCCAAGAAAAUCUAUAUCUCAAAGUAGAAAAUCAUCGGUUUGGGAAAUUUUCCGUUUAGGUGUUGUCCCUACUCCAGAAAUAGGAUUGCAAGACCUCAAGGUUCGUAGUAGUAGUAGUAAUAAAAAUUGUGUCAGUCGCAAUAGUAGUAGCAGUAGUAGUAAUAAUAGCACUUUUAAUGAUAAAAGUGGCAAAAUGAGUAAGAAGAACGAAAAUGGUGAUAAGAGCAAUCAUGUUUUGAAAAACUUAGUUGGUAUACGAGGUGGUUUGUUGAGUGGUUGUGAUUGUUCUAUUGAAACGGUAAUCAAAAGUGGAUACAAGACAGAAAAUACGACGAAGCACGCUGUGAAAGAAAAAGUGGAGUGGAAGAAACAAAAGCAAAGGCAAAAGCAAGGGAAAAAGGUUAUGUCACGUCGUAGAACAUUUGAAUGGCUUAAAGAGUUACAUGCAAGUCAUGCUGAUGAAGAGGCUUUAUUAUCAAACUCAUCAUGAUUCAUAUGAAUGGUGGUGCUGGUAGAUCGAUGCAAUGGAUUUUUCCUAUGUUCAUGCAGUUUUACAAUCUCAAUCGUUCAAUCUAAAUUGGACACGGUUCAAAUUAUGGCGUAGUCAAAUGUAGUCGGUUAGAUCAAGACUCUCUUGAUUUAAUUUUCUGCCGUUGAUUGCAUCAUAAAAGCUUUGAUUUAAUUGUUUAAGAACGACUGUACUAUAAAACCGCAUUAGAAAAUCUAGUGGUUGGAUUAGAACUUUGUAGAAAGAUCUAACUCACACAAAGUCAAAACAUGGCCGAUCAAAUACAUUGCGUGACUAGGUGCAAUUUAUGUUGCAUGCUUGUAGUUUAUUUAAUUUUAGGUUUUUAGAUUAGAUUGUCUUUUGGCUAUUGCUUUUGUUUACUUUUAAUUUGAAUUUAGUUAUAAUAUUGUAGUAGUGCAGGCUCUUCAAUCAAAAUUUCUUUA